GAUAGCACCUGACUCACAAUCCACCCGUUUCUAACUGAUCCAUGAAACCAUAAAGACAGAGCACGUAUAGGCAACUUCUUGUCGACAAGCUCAGACCUUCAUUUCUCAAGAUGCUGGCUUCUCGUGCACUGGUGCGGGGACUGCAGUCUGGACUCUGGAGGAGGGUGUCAACUUCAUCUGGAGCCUGGGCUGCACAUACUCACGAUGUUGAUGUGCUCGAUUGCUCCGCUCCUCAGUACAACAACCGUCUGGACACUCCAUUGCCAGAUGUUCCAUUUGUCAGAAAUCUGAAUGCUGAACAGAAGAAACUCAAAGAAAGAGAGAAGGGACCGUGGACCCAGCUCACCAAGGAGGAGAAAAUAGCCAUAUACAGACUCACACACGAGCUGUCGUUUCCAGAGAUGAAGAAAGGCUCCAAAGAGUGGAUGACUGUCCUCGGGGGCAUCUUCUUCUUCAUUGGCUUCACAGGGCUGCUGGUCUGGUGGCAGCGUGUCUAUGUGUAUGGUGAUGUUCCGCACACUUUCUCUCAAGAGUGGGUCGACAAGCAGACACAGAGGAUGAUAGAUAUGAGAGUGAACCCCGUCCACGGAUUCUCUAAUAAGUGGGACUAUGAAAAGAAACAGUGGAAAUGAAUGCAUUCUGAUGUAAUAAUAACUGAGAAUGGAUCAGGUUUGCAUUAAUGAGACGUUCCAAACUCAAUAAUGCUGUGCAACCGGCAGCCUUAAAAUAUAUACCUGUGUGAAUCCAAAUAAAUGCACUGAAUUAAACUCA